UUGGACGUGGACGUGGUCUUGGACGUGGACGUGGAGUUGGACGUGGACGUGGACGUGGACGUGGUCGUGGACGUGGACAUGGACGUGGUCGUGGACGUGGACGUGGUCGUGGACGUGGACGUGGACGUGGAGGUGGACUUGGAGGUGGUCGUGGACGUGGACGUGGACGUGGACGUGGACGUGGUCGUGGACGUGGACGUGGAAUUGGACCCGGACUUGGACGUGGACGUGGACGUGGACGUGGACCUGGACCUGGACGUGGACGUGGACGUGGACGUGGACCUGGACGUGGUCGUGGACGUGGACGUGGACGUGGACGUGGUCGUGGACGUGGUCCUGGACGUGGACAUGGACGUGGUCGUGGUCGUGGACGUGGACGUGGACGUGGUCGUGGACGUGGUCGUGGACGUGGUCGUGGACGUGGUCGUGGACGUGGACGUGGUCGUGGACGUGGACGUGGACGUGGUCGUGGACGUGGACCUAGACGUGGACGUGGACCUGGACGUGGACGUGGACGUGGACGUGGUCGUGGACGUGGACGUCGACGUGGUCGUGGACGUGGUCGUGGACGUGGUCGUGGACGUGGUCGUGGACGUGGACGUGGACGUGGACGUGGACGUGGUCGUGGACGUGGAGGUGGACGUGGUCGUGGACGUGGACGUGGACGUGGACGUGGACCUGGAAGUGGACCUGGACGUGGACGUGGACCUGGACGUGGACGUGGACGUGGACGUGGUCGUGGACGUGGACCUGGACGUGGUCGUGGACGUGGUCGUGGACGUGGACCUGGACGUGGACGUGGACGUGGACGUGGACCUGGACGUGGCAUGGACUCGUGGACGUGGACGUGGUGACGUGGACGUGGAAGUGGACGUGGACGUGGACCUGGACAUGGUCGUGGAUGUGGACGUGGUCGUGGACGUGGACGUGGACGUGGACGUGGACGUGGACGUGGACGUGGACUUGGAGGUGGUCGUGGACGUGGACGUGGACGUGGACGUGGUCGUGGACGUGGACGUGGACUUGGACUUGGACUUGCACGUGGACGUGGACGUGGACGUGGACUUGGACGUGGACGUGGACGUGGACGUGGACCUGCACGUUGACCUGGACGUGGACGUGGACGUGGACGUGGUCGUGCACGUGGACGUGGUCGUGGACGUGGACAUGUACGUGGACGUGGACCUGGACGUGGACCUGGACGUGGACGUGGACGUGGUCAUGGACGUGGACCUGGACGUGGACGUGGACGUCGUCGUGGACGUGGACUUGGUCGUGGACGUGGACAUGAACGUGGACGUGGACUUUGACGUGGACGUGGUCGUGGACGUGGACGUGGACGUGGUCGUGACUCGUGGACGUGGACGUGGUGACGUGGACGUGGAAGUGGACGUGGACGUGGACCUGGACAUGGUCGUGGAUGUGGACGUGGUCGUGGACGUGGACGUGGACGUGGACGUGGACGUGGACGUGGACUUGGAGGUGGUCGUGGACGUGGACGUGGACGUGGACGUGGUCGUGGACGUGGACGUGGACUUGGACUUGGACUUGGACGUGGACGUGGACGUGGACUUGGACGUGGACGUGGACGUGGACGUGGACCUGCACGUUGACCAGGACGUGGACGUGGACGUGGACGUGGACGUGGUCGUGCACGUGGACGUGGUUGUGGACGUGGACAUGGACGUGGACGUGGACCUGGACGUGGACCUGGACGUGGACGUGGACGUGGACGUGGACGUGGUCAUGGACGUGGACCUGGACGUGGACGUGGACGUCGUCGUGGACGUGGACUUGGUCGUGGACGUGGACAUGAACGUGGACGUGGACUUUGACGUGGACGUGGUCGUGGACGUGGACGUGGACGUGGUCGUGACACGUGGUCGGGACGUGGACGUGGACGUGGACCUGGACGUAGACCUGGACGUGGACGUGGACGUGGACGUGGUCGUGGACCUGGACGUGGACGUGGACAUGGACCUGGUCGUGGACGUGGACGUGGAUGUGGACGUGGUCGUGGACUUGGACGUGGACGUGGAGGUGGUCGUGGACUUGGAGGUGGUCGUGGACGUGGACGUGGACGUGGACGUGGACGUGGACUUGAACGUGGACUUGGACUUGGACGGGGACGUGGACGUGGUCGUGGACGUGGACUUGGACUUGGACUUGGACUUGGACGUGGACGUGGACGUGGACUUGGACGUGGACGUGGACGUGGAUGUGGACGUGGACUUGGACGUGGACGUGGACGUGGACGUGAACGUGGUCGUGGACGUGGACGUGGACUUGGACGUGGUCGUGGACGUGGUCGUGGACGUGGACUUGGACUUGGACGUGGACGUGGUCGUGGACGUGGACGUGGACUUGGACUUGGACGUGGACGUGGUCUUGGACGUGGACGUGGAGUUGGACGUGGACGUGGACGUGGACGUGGUCGUGGACGUGGACAUGGACGUGGUCGUGGACGUGGACGUGGUCGUGGACGUGGACGUGGACGUGGAGGUGGACUUGGAGGUGGUCGUGGACGUGGACGUGGACGUGGACGUGGACGUGGUCGUGGACGUGGAUGUGGACUUGGACCCGGACUUGGACGUGGACGUGGACGUGGACGUGGACCUGGACCUGGACGUGGACGUGGACGUGGACGUGGACCUGAACGUGGUCGUGGACGUGGACGUGGACGUGGUCGUGGACGUGGUCCUGGACGUGGACAUGGACGUGGUCGUGGUCGUGGACGUGGACGUGGACGUGGUCGUGGACGUGGUCGUGGACGUGGUCGUGGACGUGGUCGUGGACGUGGACGUGGUCGUGGACGUGGACGUGGACGUGGUCGUGGACGUGGACCUAGACGUGGACGUGGACCUGGACGUGGACGUGGACGUGGACGUGGACGUGGUCGUGGACGUGGACGUGGACGUGGUCGUGGACGUGGUCGUGGACGUGGUCGUGGACGUGGUCGUGGACGUGGACGUGGACGUGGACGUGGACGUGGACGUGGACGUGGUCGUGGACGUGGAGGUGGACGUGGUCGUGGACGUGGACGUGGACGUGGACGUGGACGUGGACCUGGAAGUGGACCUGGACGUGGACGUGGACCUGGACGUGGACGUGGACGUGGACGUGGUCGUGGACGUGGACCUGGACGUGGUCGUGGACGUGGUCGUGGACGUGGACCUGGUCGUGGACGUGGACGUGGACGUGGACUUUGACGUGGACGUGACGUGCACUGGACGUGGACUUGGACGUGGACGUGGACGUGGACGUGACGUGGACGUGGACGUGGACUUUGACGUGGACGUGGAUGUGGACGUGGACGUGGACGUCGACGUGGACGUGGAAGUGGUCGUGGACGUGGUCGUGGACUUGGACAUGGACGUGGACGUGGACGUGGACGGGGACGUGGACGUGGUCGUGGACGUGGACUUGGACUUGGACUUGGACUUGGACGUGGACGUGGACGUGGAAAUGUACGUGGACGUGGACGUGGACGUGGACUUGGACGUGGACGUGGACGUGGAAAUGUACGUGGACGUGGUCGUGGACGUGGACUUGGACUUGGACUUGGACUUGGACGUGGACGUGGACGUGGAAAUGUACGUGGACGUGGACGUGGACGUGGACUUGGACGUGGACGUGAACGUGGACGUGGACUUGGACGUGGACGUGGACGUGGACGUGGACGUGGACGUGGACGUGGUCGUGGACGUGGACGUGGACGUGGACGUGGACGUGGUCGUGGACGUGGUCGUGGAAGUUGUCGAGGACUUGGACUUAGACGUGGACGUGGACGUGGACCUGGACGUGGACGUGGUCGCCGUGGACUUGGACGUGGACUGGACGUGGACGUAG